AUGGAGUUGCUGGAAUUAGUACAUGUUCCCUCCCAUGCAAUCCCACAAGAAAUGACUGGCUUUGGAGCAUCCGUAUUGGAAGGAGUGAUGACAUUCACUUUGGUGUACACUGUCUACGCAGCCAGUGACCCGAGACGCGGUUCACUGGGUGCCAUUGGCCCUCUGGCUAUCGGAUUUAUUGCAGGAGCCAACGCUUUAGCCUCGGGUGCUUUCACCGGUGGGUCAAUGAACCCUGCAUACUCGUUUGGGNCCAAAAUUGUCGUAAAUAACAUUGGCUUCAACACUGGAAAUUUAACCGCCGGGACUUGGUAG